CCCUUUUGUUCAGCACACAAACACAUCGUCCCUAAUUCAUUCCUUGAUUCAUUCCUCCUCGAGUCGCUACACACAAAGCCCGUCGUAUCACGCCGAUGUCCUUGUUCUCUUCCAUUCUGUUCAUGAACAAUCACUAUUGUUCACGAACUCUCAUCUUGGAGUAUUCACAAGCACAUCAAAAUUUCCAAUACGAACCUAUUUCCUCUCGUUUUUAAUCUUCUUCCACUUCCAUUUCUUCUCCUUUCCAACUUUUCACCUUCACCAUUAUCCUAUCACCAAGUACAUUUUUCCAGCAGAUCUCUUGCAUAUUUUAUUGUCCAUACUUGUAGCCUCAUUCUUAACUCAUUCUUACCUUAUUUUAUCACAUCGACCUCCCUGGAGGAGUAGCGGAGCUGACAUUGCAUGAAUAGUACUAGGCCUGCCCACACUCCUUUUGGUAGAUCACAUUUCAACGCCAUCUCGACAUAGCAGGUACUACACUCAAGAUGGGUCUUUCUAAGGUCCUCGCGGCCUCUCUCCUGGCUUUACGCCUCUUUUCUGGCUCUGUGGAGGCUAGUCAGUCGACAGCUGUGCAGCAGCGCCAAAGUACUAGUUCUGACUAUUGGGUUGCCGACAUCAAACGCCAGGGUGUCGCUGUCUACGCCGAUCCCGGCUACCAGGUCUUCCGCAAUGUCAAGGACUAUGGCGCUAAGGGAGACGGCACCACUGAUGACACCCAAGCAAUCAACCGAGCCGUCCAAGAUGGCGCUAACCGCUGCAUAACGCACUGUGAUUCCCGCACCUCUACCCCCGCGAUUGUCUAUUUCCCUCCCGGUGUCUACAUGGUCAGCAACCCGAUUAACCAGACUUACUACACCCAAUUCAUUGGUGAUGCGAACGACAUUCCGACCAUCAAGGCACUCCCCAACUUCGAUGGUAUGGCUGUGAUCGAUGCGAACCCCUAUGACUACAGCCAACAACCUGCGGCGAACUGGUACAUCAACCAGAAUAACUUCUUCCGUCAGGUUCGCAACUUUAUCAUCGACAUCAAGGAUGUGCCUAUCAACAAAGGCGCCUGUAUCCAUUGGCAAGUCGCUCAGGCAACCAGUUUGCAGAAUAUUGUCUUCGAGAUGAACCCAGACACUAGCGACGCAAACGCGCAGAAAGGCCUGUAUAUCGAGAAUGGAUCUGGUGGUUUCAUGGCCGAUCUUACGUUCAAUGGCGGAGGUAUGGGAGCUUACAUCGGUAGCCAGCAAUACACCUCCCGCAACAUGACUUUCAACAACUGUAACACGGCCAUCUACCUCAUCUGGAACUGGCUUUGGUUGCUGCAGGACAUUACGAUCAACGGCGGAAAGAUUGGUAUCGACAUGGCAAGCGAUUCGCUGGAUGAGAUUAAGGUCGGUUCGUUGCUUCUUCUCGAUAGCAAGAUCUCAAAUGUCCCCGUUGGAAUCAAUACCCUGUACAAGCCCGAGAACACCGACACCAACAACACCCUCAUUGUAGACAAUGUGGAUAUGACCGAGGGCGUCCCCGCCGCGAUCCAGUACGCGAAGGACAAAUCUGUCAUCCUACAGGGAAACCAGAAGGUCACAGGAUUCACUCAGGGUCGACAGUACGAUGGUAGCGAAGGCAAGGCGAUCCAGACCGCCAAAGAAAAUGUCCGCAAGCCCAAUGUUCUCCUGGGUGACGAUGGCAAAGUCUUCACCCGCAUCAAGCCUCAAUACGAAUCCGUUCCGUCUAGCAGCUUUGUUAGCGUGAAGACGGCUGGCGCCAAAGGUGAUGGUAAAACCGAUGACACUGCGGCGAUUCAGAAAAUCUUCGACAGUGCUAAGGAGGGUGAUGUCAUCUACUUCGACCACGGCGCGUACCUGAUAUCCGACACCGUCAAAAUCCCCAAGAACAUCAAGAUCACCGGUGAGAUGUGGCCUCUUCUGAUGGCCACUGGCAAGAAGUUCACCGAUCAGACUAAGCCUGUUCCUGUCUUCCAGGUCGGCGAUGCUGGAGAUGUAGGCGAUGUUGAGAUGUCGGAUUUGAUCAUUGAAACCCAAGGUCCACUUCCUGGAGCGAUCCUCAUGCAGUGGAAUCUCGCGGGCUCCACGAAUGGCGCCGCUGGAAUGUGGGAUGUGCAUUUCCGUAUCGGUGGGACGGCUGGAACUGAACUGCAGUCCGAUAAGUGUGCCAAAAACGAGAAUGUCACAACCACAGCUACUCCCGAGUGUAUGGGUACCUUCAUGAUGCUCCACAUCACGCAGACGGCCUCAGCCUACAUCGAAAACUGUUGGUUCUGGGUUGCCGAUCACGAGCUUGACUUGAACGACCACAGCCAGAUCAACAUCUUCAACGGUCGUGGUGUCCUCAUUGAAUCUCAGAAGCCUGUUUGGUUAUGGGGCACUGCUUCGGAGCACAGCAUUUUGUACAAUUACCAGGUUUCCAACGCUCAGAAUGUCUUCCUUGGCAUCGCUCAAUCCGAGACGGCCUACUUCCAGGGCAACCCCCCGGCUCCCCAAGGCGCCACAGUUCUUGAAGGCUUCGUCGACCCUGACUUUGACAAGUCUUGCGACGGUUCGUCCGACACCUGCGCCCGCACCUGGGGUCUUCGCGUCACGAAUUCAUCUUCGGUGUAUGUCUACGGCACUGGUCUAUACAGCUUCUUUAACAACUAUGGCCAGAAAUGUGUGGACAAGAACAAUUGCCAGGACAACAUGAUUUCCAUUGAGGGAUCUACUGGAGUACACCUCUAUGGAGUCAGCACCAAGGCCUCGGUGAACAUGAUCAGUGUUGAUGGCCAGUCCGCGGUUCUUGACAAAGACAACAGAAACAACUUCUGCGCCGCUAUCGCUAAGUUCGAGGUGGACGUCGGCGGCUCCAAAUCGCCAGCGUCAAGCAGCGCUGGAGCGGGUUCGUCUACAAUUUCGGCCUCGGAGACAACACUCUCUGGAACUGUCGUGACUGCCUCAGCCUCGGCGUCAAUUUCAGGCUCCAUUCCCGGUUCAGGCUCCGGUUCUUCAGCUAGUGGCACCCCGAGCAUUGUUACUGACACUCAGGCCACGGCUACUCCGGCUUCCACACCGGCAGGUAGCUAUGUUCCACCCGGUGGAGAGUCGACUGCCGGUACAUCGGCGACGGGAUCUGUGGCGGGAUCAAUGACAGCAUCUGUGACGACAAUUCCUAUUCCCUCGGAAACCCCCAAUGGCGGUUCUGGCAGUUCUAGCAGUACCGGUGAUGCUGGUGAUUCCGGUGAUGUCACGGUCACCAUCACUCAGACGGUCACGGCGGCGGGAACUUGCUCCCAAAGUCCAUGAAGCGUGGCUACUGGGACUAAUUCCCGGACCCUCACUCACUCAACAAGCACUGCUACAAAAACGACGACCGUCACACCAGGCAGCUGCGGGUCCAAAUCGCCACACGUGAAGAAUCCUUGAAAUGGUGGAAAAACAAGGUUCCAUCGCAGUUUAUUUUUCUCUUCUUCUUCUUCUUCUUCCCGGCCCUAGAGGCAUUUCCGCUGUCCAAUGAGGAGGCGUCAAAAUUAAUUCAGUCUACCGGAACAUAGGAAUCGUUUGGAGUUCAGGUACAUGACAGGAUUUGAGAUACUGAGAUACCGGUUUGAUGCGAGAAGAUCACCAAGAUCUUAGGAAGGGAAGGUGGCGGUCGAUAAGACCUAAAGCUAUUCCGUACCUACGAUGGAUUCUACAUUAGUAAAAAUUUUCAUUGAUUUCAAUAUUUGAUAAUGUGUUGACCCUGUGAUGUGAAUGACUUUUGCGUAAUGUUCUU